CCACUGGAGGCCACCCACAACAGAAGUGCCUUGUUUUCCAGGCGUGGAGGGCCAUACUCCCUAACUCCAAACACUGGCAGCGUGGGAGUUUGGGGAGAGGUGUCCCACACCAGAUGCUGAGCCCUGCGGGUGACUGGCCCAAGAGUAGCAGGGGCCCGUGACGGCCACUCCAACGUCUGAAGCCAUGGCCAGUGGGGAAGACGAGCCGAGGAACUGUGCGGUGUGCGGGGACCGAGCCACAGGCUACCACUUCCAUGCCCUGACUUGUGAGGGCUGCAAGGGUUUCUUCAGACGAACCGUCACCAGAAGCACUGGUCUCACCUGCCCCUUUGCCGGACGCUGUGAGGUCAACAAGACCCAGAGACGUCACUGCCCAGCCUGCAGGUUGCAGAAGUGCCUGGAUGCUGGCAUGAAAAAGGACAUGAUCCUGUCGGCAGAGGCCUUGGCGCUGCGGCGAGCAAAGCAGGCCCAGCGGCGCGCGCAGCGAGCACCCAGCCAGCUGAGCGACAAGCAGAAAGAGCUGGUCCGGACUCUCCUGGGGGCCCACACCCGCCACGUGGGCACCAUGUUUGACCAGUUUGUGCAGUUCAGGCCUCCCGCUCAUCUGUUCGUCCGCCACCAGCAUUUGCCCGUCUCGGUCCCCGUACCGCCUCUGCUGACGCACUUCGCAGAGAUCAACACCUUCAUGGUGCAGCAAAUCAUCAAGUUCACCAAGGAUCUGCCCCUCUUCCGGUCCCUGCCCAUGGAGGACCAGAUCUCCCUUCUCAAGGGAGCGGCUGUAGAGAUGUGCCAUAUCGCCCUCAACACCACCUUCUGCCUCCAAACACAAAACUUCCUCUGUGGGCCACUCCACUACGCGAUAGAGGACGGAGCCCACGUGGGCUUCCAGGAACAGUUUUUAGAGCUGCUCUUCCGCUUCCACGGGACCCUGAGACGACUCCAGCUCCAGGAGCCCGAGUAUGUGCUCAUGGCCGCCAUGGCCCUCUUCUCUCCCGACAGGCCUGGGGUUACCCGGAGGGAACAGAUUGAUCGUCUGCAAGAGGUGACGGCACUGACCCUGCAGAGCUACAUCGAAGGCCAGCAGCCAAGGCCUGGGAGUCGGUUUCUGUAUGCGAAGCUGCUGGGCCUGUUGGCCGAGCUCCGGAGCAUUAACAACGCCUUUGGCUACCAAAUUCGGCACAUCCGGGGGCUGGCCGCCAUGAUGCCACUGCUCCAGGAGAUCUGCAGCUGA